AUGGUAGUCAAAGAGAAUGGCCAAGUGGCAGAUGUCACAGCCAGAACAAAGAGCCGAACGGAUCUUGAAAAGCCACGGAAGAAAGGCUUUGCGCGAUGGACAGUCGGGCUUGUCGUGAGGCUAUGUAUCUGGUAUGCACUCGUGACACCGUUCCUCAGAUGCCCAUCCCGCCUCGCAGACCUCACAGAGACAUCACCUCGAGUCUGCAAGCCUUACCUGAUUGCUCGUUCGCACGUGCAACCUUAUGUGACGCCAUAUUAUGAUAUUUAUGCAGCGCCUUACGUUGAUCAAGCCCGGCCAUAUGUUGAUCAAGCUCGGCCAUACGUGGAAAUGUUUAACCAGCGAGUUUAUACCCCGGCAUCGAAAGCUGCCACAUCAGGAUAUGAAAAGUACGGAGCGCCGGCACUAAAGCAAGCUCAAGCGUAUGGGAUUGAGCAAUGGCAAAAUCAAGUCACGCCAAGACUAGAAACUGCUCAAAAUAAGGUGCACCAGCUUUACAUCGCCGAGAUUGAUCCCUAUGUCCAGCAAAGCGUUGCUGUUGUCUCUCCAUACUAUCAAUGGGCCAACACUGUUGUGCGCAAUCUCUACCAGGGCCAUCUAGUACCUUUCUACGCGCGUUCCAGGCCUUUCAUCGGAAAAGCUUAUUCCACGAGCCAGGGUGUUUUGACAACCCAUGUCUUGCCCGGCGCGCAGUAUACUUGGUCAUCCGCGGUCUACUUUGCGAACAGCUCACUGUGGCCACAUGUUACUGGUCUUUACUCUGAGCAAGUCGAGCCCCAGCUGGUCAAGAUUGGCCAGCGGUUAGCAAGCUACAGGGAGGGCAAGCGACUUCGCGCUGUCAUAGAGGACGUGGAUAGCACCUCAACAGUGGAGCCCGUUACCUCCUCGACCACAAAGUCACAAGAACAAAUUCACACCACGACCACUGUGACUUCAACUUCCACGCCCCUGGUUUCUGCCCAGCCCACUCUAACUCCUACCGAGCAAGCGCAGCAAGUCCGGGAGAAGAUAGAUUCGGACCUCGAGCGAUGGCAGGGAAAGUUUGCUUUGGCAGCUGAUAAAGGUAUUGAAGACCUUGAGGAACGUAUUGGGGAGAUUGUGUCCGCUCUGGUUACAAGCAGCGCAAACAGCCACGGCCAGAGCCUUUCUACUGCGCUUCAGUUGGUUUCCGCUGAGCAACUUUCCUCCAUCAAGCAACGUAUCAAUGAACUCGCGGAUUCCAUGCCAGAGGAGGAUGCCCCGGAGAUCGAGGAGUCUACGAAAGACUUGCUGAUUCGGGAUAUCCGAACUUCUGCUAUCUCUGUGAGAGAUCGCGCCCAUGCACUCCGAGAAUGGUCUAUCUCGUUCGAAGAUGAACUUGUUCGCCGAGUCACUGCUGCUGUCAAUUCGACGCUGGAUGUGCUCGACAGCAUUCGUGAUCUGGGCUUACAAGAAAUUGGCAUGCGCUGGGCGUGGAUGGAUGGCGUCACAUACAAGGAUUGGGCGAAGUACCAUGCCCUCAAAGCCCAACUUGAAGAAUGGCGCAACGAGAUCCGAAAUGUCGGCAUGAAUCACAAAUCCCUAGAGCCGUGGCAAGUGACAUCUUGGACCAGGGGCAUGCACGAAGCCGAACAGACUGCCAGGGAAAUUGUUCGGCUGAAGGAUGUUGGGAUCUGGAAGAUCGCCGCUCGUGAAGUAAGCGAUGAUUUCGAAACUCGCACCGAAGCCCCGCCGGCGAGGCCCAAGCCUCAGGAGGAGGCAACGGAAUCUGACGAAGAGGCCGCCGAGGUGGAUUCCGAUCAUUAUGAGUCUUCCGAAGAGGUGAUAGCACCAACAUCGGACGACCUUUACGAGGAAACCCCAUCCACCGAUGCAUCUUCCGCCGCUGUCGAUGCUGAGGCGGAUUUCGAUGGCGCUGACGAGUCUGUUAUGAACGAUGAUAUUUUGGUGGAAGAGCAGCCCUCUGGAAGAUCUGCUUUUGUUGUUGCGGCCGCCGAUGCAAAUUCGCAUCAAGCGCCUAUCCUAGAUGAUGAGAGCCACGAUGUCCUGGACAGUCUGGCGAGCAAGGCCGAAGAUACUUACGCCGAGGCGAGCAAUGCUGUCAGCGAAGCUAUCCAUGGCACUCCUCUGAGCCCCGGUGAGAAGAUCUCCAGUGAAGCCUCUCAAAAAUAUAGCGAUGCAGUAGCCGCUGCAUCGUCGGUCAUGUACGGCACCGCAACACCAGUUGUACAAUCUUUGAUGGGUGGAGCCAGCUCGGCAUUUGCUGAUUCCACAGAUCAGGCUAGAGUACUCUAUGAGAUCGCGAAGUCUCAAGUUCUUGGCCAAAUGGCUGAAUCUAGCGCUCCUGCUCAUGCCCAGCUCCUAGCUUCCAUUGAGUCGGCCUAUUCUGGGUCUCUAAAAUAUGCCACCGAUGAGCUGGAGUCGAAGCUCCACCCUGCUCGUGCUACCCCGACGCCAUCCAAUGCCGGACCUCUGGCCCAGAUUUCAUCCAUCGCAUCUUCCCGGCUAAACCAGGGACUAAGUUUAGCAUCCGAACAAUUAGCACAGGUACAGCCCCCAGCGACAACAGCCAGUCUUCCUCAGGGAGGUCUCGACCCAUUUGUCCUUGAUGCGCAGCGUCGCUACUACGAGGCAGUCGGGUUAGCCCACGACCACUACUCUGCUUUUGUCUCUACGGCAUCUGGGGCGGUUUAUGGUUCUCCAAAUCCCACCCCAGCCGGAAGCUCGAAGGGAAUCAUCGAGGAAGCUGGGUCUCAAUACGAGCGCGCUUCUUCAUUGGCCUCUGCUAGCCUUGCCGCUGUCAUCGCAUCGGCAAGCUCGGCCGUCUCUUCCGCGGAUGGCGGCAAAGCACAAAGCAUCAUUGACGAUGCUUCAUCCAGAUACAAUGCUGCCCUCUCUGCGGCUUCUUCCUCGCUCUCUGCGGCUUCCAUCUCGGCCUCCUCGGUCAUCUAUGGGACUUCCACGGGCCCUGUAGAGUCCCUUUCUAGCCAAGCAUCUGAAAACUGGGAAAAUCUCAUUUCCAAAGCCAGCGAGCAGAUCUACGGUGCACCAACGCCGUAUCUGCAGCAAGUGGUGAGCAACGGGCGCCCGCAGUUUGAGGCAGUCCAAGAGCUCGUCUCUGAACUAAUUGUGGGCAAGCAGCCUUCGUUCACCGAGAGUGUGCUGAGCAAGCUGCACGCUGCAUACGAGACGCCUUACCCGGCUGCCGCUGUCUCCUCUGCCUCUAGCUAUAUUAACCAGGCUUAUGGAUCUGCGUCCUCCGCCGCUGCUUCUAUCGUUUCAGACGUCCCGAACGUAGAGGAAAUCGUGCAACACGCAAAUGACCAACUCCAUGCUGCUGUUGAAGCCGCCAGCGUUGGUAUCUACGGAACCCCCAAGGCCACUGAAGCCGCAGCUGAUGCCUACUCAACGGCUUCCGCUCAGAUCAGUAGCGCGGUCUACGGGCAGGAAUCUGGUUACAUCGAUGUCGCCAAGGAUGCCAUUGAGAAUAUUCAAUCCACAGCCAGCGCUGCUAUCUACGGCGAAGAACCCAACGCAAUGGAAAGCGCAACCAUCCGUCUUGCUGGAGCCGUUGAAAGCGCCAAGUCUCAGCUUGCUGACCUAGCUGCCAGCGCUGGCAGCGUUGUAUCCGAGGCAGUCGAGACCGCCGCAUCCCACGUUGAAGAUACCACAAGUAGCAUUAAGAGUGCUGCAGCUUCAGUCAAAGAUGAACUCUGA